UGGGCGCGCAGACCCAGCGGCCGAGGCUCGGCGCCGCGAGAAACGCCCUAAAGAGGGGAGGAGAGCGUGCGAGGGAGAGAGGGAGGGAGAGAGCGGCCCCGGAGAGCGAGACUGAGCUGAAGCAGCCUGCCGGCGGAGAGGAGGGAGCGGGGCGAAGACGAGAAGGAGGGAGCGGGGCGAGGCGAAGGCGAGGCUGGGACCCGGGGCGCGCGCACUUUUCCGCAAAGUGCCAACUUCCCCGGAGAGAGUACCGGGCACGCACCUUUUGGACGCGGGGGAAAGUCAGCGGAAAUUUGAGAUUUUAGGGAAGAAAGUCGGAUUCCCCCGUCCCAUUUUCCCCGUUACUAAUCCCCAUUAAAAAGAAAAAAAAACAAGAAUAACAGCAAACUUGCUAUAAUCCUGUCUGUCCCCCACUCCUGGCACCAUGAAGGCGGCCGUCGAUCUCAAACCGACUCUCACCAUCAUCAAGACGGAAAAAGUCGAUCUGGAGCUUUUCCCCUCCCCGGAUAUGGAAUGUGCAGAUGUCCCACUAUUAACUCCAAGCAGCAAAGAAAUGAUGUCUCAAGCAUUGAAAGCUACUUUCAGUGGUUUCUCUAAAGAACAGCAACGACUGGGAAUUCCAAAAGACCCCCGGCAGUGGACAGAAACCCAUGUUCGGGACUGGGUGAUGUGGGCUGUGAACGAGUUCAGCCUGAAGGGUGUGGACUUCCAGAAGUUCUGUAUGAACGGAGCAGCCCUCUGUGCACUGGGGAAAGACUGCUUUCUCGAGCUGGCCCCAGACUUUGUUGGGGACAUCUUGUGGGAACAUCUUGAGAUCCUGCAGAAAGAGGAUGUGAAACCAUAUCAAGUUAAUGGAGUCAACCCUACCUAUCCAGAAUCCCGUUAUACCUCGGAUUACUUCAUUAGCUAUGGUAUCGAGCAUGCCCAGUGUGUUCCUCCGUCGGAGUUCUCAGAGCCUAGCUUCAUCACAGAGUCCUACCAGACCCUCCAUCCUAUCAGUUCGGAGGAACUCCUCUCCCUCAAGUAUGAGAAUGACUACCCCUCCGUCAUUCUCCGGGACCCUUUGCAGACAGACACCUUGCAGACGGACUACUUUGCCAUCAAACAAGAAGUUGUAACCCCAGACAACAUGUGCAUGGGGAGGACCAGUCGUGGUAAACUCGGGGGCCAGGACUCUUUUGAGAGCAUAGAGAGCUACGAUAGUUGUGAUCGCCUCACCCAGUCCUGGAGCAGCCAGUCAUCUUUCAACAGCCUGCAGCGCGUUCCCUCCUAUGACAGCUUCGACUCAGAGGACUAUCCAGCCGCCCUGCCCAACCACAAGCCCAAGGGCACCUUCAAGGACUAUGUGCGUGACCGUGCUGACCUCAACAAGGACAAGCCUGUCAUUCCUGCUGCUGCCCUGGCUGGCUACACAGGCAGUGGACCAAUCCAGCUGUGGCAGUUUCUUCUGGAAUUACUCACUGAUAAAUCCUGUCAGUCUUUCAUCAGUUGGACAGGAGAUGGCUGGGAAUUCAAGCUUUCUGACCCAGAUGAGGUGGCCAGGAGAUGGGGAAAAAGGAAAAAUAAACCUAAGAUGAAUUAUGAGAAACUGAGCCGUGGCCUACGUUACUAUUAUGACAAAAAUAUCAUCCACAAGACAGCGGGUAAACGCUAUGUGUACCGCUUUGUGUGUGACCUGCAGAGCCUCCUGGGGUACACGCCCGAGGAGCUCCAUGCCAUGCUGGACGUCAAGCCCGAUGCCGAUGAGUGAUGGACACCAAAGGGGUUGGGGAAACUCUGCUGAGACAUUUCAAAGAACAACCACGUCAGUCGGACUCUUAAUUUUUAAUUGUUAUUCUAUUUUUAAUUUUCCAGAACUCAUUUUUUACAUUCAGGGGUGGGAGCUAAGUGAGCUGCAGCUAUAAUCAAUUGUGCGCAGUUGGAAAAGGAGAGCCAGGACCUGUGGGGUGGGUGGGACAAGAAAUUCUUGAGCAAAUUUUCAGGAGAGAGGGAAGGGUCUUCUUAGAAGCUUGAAGAAUCUGGCUUAAGGGAGGAGGAAACAAAUGUAUCCAGUCAUUUUUUAAAAUCAUCCAUAAAAAGAAUGUGUCUUGAGUGAUGGACCUAUUAGCAAAAGAAAUUGAUGCAUCAUGAGUCAUGAGACCCAUGAAAGACAAUUAAUUUGCCUUGUUUUUAGGUCUGGGAGGGCAAAAAAGAGGGAGGUGGGAUAAAAUAUUUUGUUUGGGGCUGCACUAAAAGCCAAGGACUUUUACUCUACUUUCAAAACAAAGAUGGACUUCAGUGGGGAGGGACCAAAACUGUUUUUGUGUUAAAUUUUAUUUUAUUAAAUUUUGUGCCAGUAUUUUUUUUCUUAAAAAUCGUCUUAAGCUCUAAGGUGGUCUCAGUAUUGCAGUAUCACGCACGUUUGUUUUUAUUUGCUGGCUGAGGAUUCUGUCACAAUGAAAGAAAACUGUUUAUAUAGACCCCACUGGAAACGCAAAGUGCUGUCACUGAGAUCGGGGAUCCCAAAUUCAUGUGACUUAUAUACGAAGGAAAAAAUAAUGCUGAUCUGAGUACAAGGGAACUGUGCAUGUGAAUUUCAUCUAUAAUUUAAAAAAAUUAUCACCCCCUCUACUUAUUUGUCAUUAGUGGAUUCUCGGGGUUUGGACUUAACGUUGAGCUAAGAAGCAUUAAGUCUUUGAACUGAAUGUAUUUUGCAGCCCUGGUUUUGGACCACAGUAAAUGUAGGAGCUCUGUUGACAAAAUGGAAAGGAGAUGGAAGGAGGAAGAUUGACUUGGUUCUUUAUUGGUUCUUUGCCUGUAACAUGUAUGACUUGGAAUAAAGGCUGUGUGCAUGGGCAUUACCCCUCAGGUCUCAAGAAAUAAGUCCUGAAUGCAUGUCAUUCCAAACUAACACUCUACACUUUCUCCUUUAUGUCUUCUUUCCCCAGCAUCCCUCCUACUCUGUUAUUCAGUAGACAGAAACGUACAACUUUCUGAUUGAUGAGUGAAGAGUAAUUGCAGACAUGACAUGAGUUGAAGAAUGUCUGAUGAAGCCAUUUAGACUUACUGGAUUUUAGGAGCAAUGGAAAUUAAGGUUGCCUAUAAGUAAAAUGUGGCUUGGCUGUUUUGGGGAGAAGUGCAAGGCUCUCCUUUGAAGAAUUUAAGCUAGUCGAGUCGGAUGUCAGGUGAGACUGUGGAUGCAGAGUAAAUAGUGCGGAUGCUAUUAGGGCCUCGUGCUCAGAUCUUUUAUCUUGGCACAGGGUAGGUGAAGGUUAAUAAUUGCUGAAGAAGCAGUGACUUGAAGGCAAAGAAACAUAAGGAAAGGAGCUUGAGUGAAGAAAAUAAGGUGGUCCGUGAGACUUGAAUAUGUUUUUAGUUCCCCCAAAGCUUAACUACAAACAUAAUCAACUGAAGCAGUCAUCUUUCUACUGGUUGUGAAGGGUGAUCUGAAAAUGGGGUUUUGAGGGGGAAACCAACAUCUAACUAGUGAGGAAAAGUGCCUCAUACAGUUAGAAUCCUCCCCAGUAUAUAGAUGCCCGAAUGAAAAGAUGACAACAGAGGGAUGGCUUUACGGACUUCAAUGAGAGAGGUGGAGAAAUGUUUAAGAUGGGCUUCUCAGGGCUAGCCUUCUUGGGCCCUAGCUGAGAAACUGGAAGUACUAACUACCUUCUAGCAUAUCCUCAAGAAAAUGGAUUGUUUACUCCCAGGUCCUCUUGCAGACCCUCAAUUAUCAGGAACUUAGCUCUCUGAUUCAUGAGUUUCUUCAUACUGAUCAAUUGGAGCGUCCACUUGGAAAGCAAAGGCAGAAUUAGCCCAGCUGUGUAUUUUGAUCUUCUUCUGGAUGCAGGUGCCUUAAUGAAGCUCUCGAAAUAUUUUAGGAGCUGCUCAGGGAGUGUUAGGCAGAACUGUUUGGACUACAUUGUUUUCUCUUAGAUUAUGUGAUCUUUGUUGGGCACUGGCAAAGGUGUGUGUGCGUGUGUGCGUAUGCAUGUGUGUGUGCGUGCAUGUUUGCAGACAUGCAAAACUGCAGCUGAGAUAAUACCUGAGUUUUCUAGUUAAGUCUUUCCAUGUUUCAGUAAUGGGCGCGAGUAGAACCAAGGCCGAGCGUCGGUCAUUGCUUGCCAUUUGCAACCAGGCAUAACAUCACUUUCUCAACUCAUCAAUCUUUCUCAUUAAAUUUAUGCUGAAAACUCCCCUGCGUGAGUGUGUCUAACUCCUGCAAUAAUUCUGUAGCAGAUAAGAUACAAGAAAGUGCCUCCUCGUGCUCCUCAGCCCGCUUGUUGCUAAGAUGCCCUUUCUCUCUAGGUCCACCGUUUUCAGUAUUUGUACAUAAUGUAUUAGUUAAGACAGCUUUGUCUAUCUGGCCAGAUGCUUUUUCUCCUGUCCAAAGGCCAGAGACCAUCCCAGGAAGAGUGGUGGGUGGUUUAUACACUGGAAAUGUAGCAGAAUUGUUGCAUUUAUGCUUUUUAAAAACACAUGUUAACUUCAGAGGAAGGACGGGCAAAUCUGGUUUAGCUGGGUGAAAACCUUAUUUUCCUGGAGAUGCCUUACCCCAUAGUGGUUUUGGCUGUAGGGUUCAGAGUCACUUUUGUUCCCCUCUCCAUUAGGGGGAGGGACUGCCCUACACAAGCCCUGGUUUUGUGGCUGUGGGGUUAGAGGUGGCAUUCAAAGAUCAGAUGUGCUUUUCCUCACUUUGGAGACGAACACUCUGGGUUUUAGAGCAUUAACCUGCCUAAUCUUCAUGGUGAAAAUUAUACCUUCUCUAUUCUUGUCAUGCUGUGCAUGCUGCUUUCUCUGUUGGGGUCUAUAUAAAUGCGUUGAACUCAUAUCUACAUUCCAAAGAAGUUUCAAGGAACCAUAAAUAUAUGUAUACAUAUACAUAUAUAAAAUAUAUAUAUUAAAAUGAAAUUAUCUCUAUCAGGAAUACUGCCUCAGUUAUUGAACUUUUUUUAAGAAUACUUUUUUUUAAGCUGAGAAGUAUAGGGGUGAAAAAGAUGUUAUAUUGUGUUUGACUAUUUUCCAACUUGUAUUUUCAUAUAAUUUAUAUUUUUUAAAAGCUGAAAAUUUAAAAGCAAGAUGAAAAAAGGAAAAGCAGGUGCUUUUUAAAAAUCAGAACUGAGGUAGCUUAGAGAUGUAGCGAUGUAAGUAUCUAUGUGUUUUUUUUUAAAAA